AUGAUGGUCUACGUGCACCGAGAUAACUGCAAAGUGCUCCUUCUGCAGGGGCAGCAGCAUGGGAAACAGCAGCUCUGCGUCAUGAUGAGAAUGAAGAUGUUCGCAAGGGGCAGCUCAUCAAGUUGCGCGCUGCUCGCCGCCGCGCUGCUGAGCGUGCGGGCGGAGCCCACCUGCCAGCGCGCCCGCGCCGCCUUCCAGGCGCUGCAGCCCGGCGCCAAGGGGGUGCCCGAGGCUCCCGGGCCAGGGUCGGAUUUGCAGGUGUGCAUCCCCAAAGGCCCGACUUGCUGCUCCAGGAAGAUGGAGGAGAAGUACCACGCCAUGGCCAGGUCCGACAUGGAGCGGCUGCUGCAGUCCGCCAGCGCGGAGCUGAAGUUCCUCAUCAUGCAGAAUGCGGCUAUCUUCCAAGAAGCCUUUGAAAUUGUAGUGCGGCACGCGAGAAACUACACCAACGCCAUGUUCAGGAACUACUAUCGUGAGGUAGCGGGCCAAGUGUCCUCCUUGGUGGGGGAGUUUUUUACCGACAUCUCCCUGUACAUCCUGGGCUCGGACGUCAGCGUCAAUGCCAUGAUCAACGGCUUCUUCGACAGCCUCUUCCCUCUGGUCUAUGCGCAGCUGGCCCAGCCAGGCGCCCCCAGCCCUUCAGCGGAAGCGACCGAGUGCCUCCGCCUCGCCCGGCAGGACUUGAAGGUGUUCGGCGGCUUCCCCAAGGCCAUGAUGACGCAGGUGUCCCGGUCGUUGCAGGUCACCCGCGUCUUCCUCCAGGCGCUCAACCUCGGCAUCGAGGUGGUCAACACCACCGACCACCUGCGGUUCAGCAAGGACUGCGGGCGGGCGCUGCUGCGCAUGUGGUUCUGCCCCCACUGCCAGGACCUGCCGGCGGCCAGGCCGUGCGCCGGCCUUUGCGGCUCGGUGCUGCGAGGCUGCCUGGCCGGCGUGGCGGAGAUCGACGGCCACUGGCGCGAGUACCUGCGUGCUCUGGAGGGGCUGACGAGGGCCAUGCGGGGCGCCUACGACAUGGAGCACGUGCUGCUCAGCCUCUUCUCCCUGAUUCGGGACGCCGUCGCGCACAUGCAGCGGAACGCGGGGAAGGUGGCCGCCACUAUUAGCAAAUUAUGUGGCCCUUCCCAGCAGAGGCAGUAUCGGUCGGCUUCGUAUCCCGAAGAACUUUUCGUCGACAAAAGGAUGGUGAGGGUUGCCCAUGUGGAGCACGAGGAAACUUUGGCUAGCAGGAGGAGGGAACUCAUCGCCAAACUGAGGGCCCACAGUGGCUUCUACAGCAGCUUGCCAGAGCAUAUCUGCAGUCACACUUCCGCUGUGCAAAACAACACCCUUUGUUGGAAUGGCCAAGAAGUUGUGGAAAGGUACAGCCGCCAGGCCGCGAGAAAUGGUGGGAGAGCCCACGCGGGGACCCACGAGGCCAAGGGGAAGGGCCCCGAGCCCGUGAUCAGCCAGAUUAUCGACAAGCUGAAGCACAUCAAUCAGCUUCUGAAGGGAAUGUCCAUCCCUCGCCGGAAAAGUCUGGACAAGACGGAGGAUGAGGAGGAUGCAGAGAGCGGGGACUGUGAUGACGAGGAUGACUGCGAUGGCAAUGCAGUUUCUGGAAAUGGCGAAUUAAAAGUGAAGAACCAGCUGCGGUUCUUAGCAGAGCUGGCCUACGACCUGGGCACUGAGGACGCACCUUCCAACAAGCAGCUCUUGAAUCAAGAAAGCAAAGAGGUGUCGGCGAUUCACAACCUUGGCCCGGGGGACGUGAUGCCGGACCUCCCUGUCUUGGCCGUCAUCCUAGCCGUGUGGCUCCUCCCACUGGCUUAAGCACCGGAAGCCCUCCUGCCUCCGAGACAGCCAGCUUUGUGAAGAUUCCCUGCAAACUCCGUCCUUCCGAGUCAUCUGGAGAGAGUGACUCUAAACAAGUUACCUUUCUAAAAAUACAUUAAGAGGAAUGACCGGAGAGGGACCCAUUUCAGACUUAGCAACCUGGAUAUUGCUUGGAAGUCUUCUUGUUGAUUUGUAAAUGGGUAAAAACUGACCCAUGCAGCAUCCCCUAAGAAGUUUCUCAUUAACUCUUAAAAAACUAAUCGCAUUUUUUUCUUGCAUUAAUUGGAAUGGGCAAAAAAUCAUGUAAAUUGGAUUCAACAUCUUCCACUCGUCUUUGUAAGUUGCCAGUCCCCUAAUCAUUCUUGGAGAUGCUUCCUAUUUCCCUGGAAAGUCUCCUGAGUUCCACAGUGGGUAGUUACCCCAGUGAGAAAAGCUUUUCCUCCAAGGGCUGAAUACUGGCCCAGUAUUAAGAGUAUCGGUAAGAAAUUGGUCAUUGAGGUUGGCACAUGGAUUGCUAUUACAUGGAUUUCAUGCUAGGUUGUAGUUAUUUAUGAACCAUGUAUAAAUUAGUUGGAGAAAUGUGUGGUUCUCUUAUAAGGCUGCUGAGAGAGGCUCUGAACUUCACAGAUGCCCUUGUUUUCUGGAGCGGGAUGGUCCAGCACUGCUUGUUGCCAAAGUGAGUGAUGGCUGAAAGGUGAGCCACCCUGGAGAACCCUAAUGCUGUAAGGACAUGUUCCAAAUCCUUUCCAGAAAAUAAGGGACAGCAAGCAUGUUCCUUUUAAUAAAUUUUUUAAAAAAUGG